AUGUCGUUCUCCCGCACUUCUUUUCACACAACCUCGUACACCCUUGGAAACUCCUUAUUGGAACGCGUGGUGAAAAUUAAUGAUCUUGGUAGCCAUCUCUCUACGAGGCGCUACAAGCGAGCCGAGGGACACUACGAGCAUCCCCAGUCGAAGGAAGGAGUCAGCAAUCUUCGAGUCAAAACAUCAACAAGCAAAGAUGAGCAAUAUCAGCAGCCAGUGGAACCACCAGCACCGCCACCGAAAGUCCAGAAGCAAUUCCGGGCCAGAGAAGCACAAAACUCUUCUGUAGACCUGGUGGUCACGAUACGCAUGGAAAAUCAGCAUGAAAAAAUUACUCUUCUGCGCUGCAUCGGAGCUUACUGUCGCACAUUGAAACAACAACUAAGCAUGCAUAUAAUCGGCUUCGACUCACAAAAACUGUGUGAAAUUCAGACGAAAUCAUCAUUGAAAUUCAUAGAAAUAGAAUUGAACAUCUCCAAAACAUCGAUUUAUCGCAUUUUGACAGAACAUUUGAGCUUACAAAAGGUGUGUGCAUGGUUUGUUCCGCACAAAUUGACCGACGUCCAAAAAUUGCUCAGAACCGUGCGACUUCUACCUUUUCGGAAAAAUGCAUUUGCCGAUGAAAGGAAAGCGUUAUGCAGACGUAGAGGCCAUUCGAAAGGCUUUCACCGGCAUACUGGCGGACAUACCGGGCAACGAGCUAAAACACUCGUUCGACAUCUUUUGCACCGUGCAAAACGCUGUAUUAAAGCAGAAGGAGACUAUUUUGAAUAAAAAAAAUUGAU